UUAAAGAGGGUGCGGGUGGGGUAAAGGGCAAAAGCCUUCAGUGAAAUUUAGCCUGAAUGAUGGUGAAUUUUAAGGAUGAAAUGACAAAGUUCCAAGCCACCUUAGAGAAAGUGGAUAAGUGGAGUACCAAGCUUGGGAGGGCCUAUCAUGAGCUAUUUCAAGCAGUAGGAGUGGUCCAUUAUGAAUGGCAGUGUUUCCUAGUAGUAGACGCUGUUGCAUACUUAGAUAAUUGGUGCCUGCUGAAAACUUUUUAAACUAAAUUUCAGGGAUUUCAAUGAGAAUUUUCUGCAUACAAAAUACUGUAUAUGUUCUUCCACUAGACUUCAGAAUUCUGGGAGUUGAAGUCCACUGGUCAUAAAAGAGCCAAGGUUGCCUACCCCUGCACUAGACUAUAGACUUCAAUAGAGAUCUACAGACCUAUAGGUCAGAGGCUGGUAUUUCUGAGAUGCAUAUGCAAAUAAGCACACUCAAAUGGUAUGCAAAUCUGUUUCCCCUUACUAUCUUUUAGGUGACACAUUUCCUUUUGGGAAGAGUAGCGCAUAAUUGGCUAACUUAUUUGAUCCCUAACCAAAAUACAUCUCAGAUAUUCUUUUCAGAAGUUAUAAAUGUGUGGGUCUAGAACAAGGAUUCCCAACCGAGGUGGCGCAGCAGUUAGAGUGCAGUACUGCAGGCCACUUUAACUGACUGUGUUCAGCAGGUCAGCGGUUCAAAUCUCACCGGCUCAAGGUUGACUCAGCCUUCCAUCCUUCCGGGUAAAUCCAAGAGCUGAGUUGACCAAGUUAACAUUUAGAAUGUCUGAAAACAGAAAGGGAACGUUUCUCAAACAAUGUCAGAAGUGCCAUGUCGACAUGAAUGGAGACAUGUUAGAUGCAGAAGGUGUUUGUCUUCACUGCAAAACUGAGGCAAAAGAGGAGCACCCAAACACUCAGAACAUCAGAAGGGAGUCUGCCACAUACAAUGUUGGUGAGAUGAUGGAGACUGAGCCUUCAUAUGCUGACUUCAUUAGCUGUGAUCGGACUGGUCGGAGAAAUGCAGUUCAUGACCUUCAGGGAGAUGCAGCUGCCAUUAAAUUGGAGAAACUAGCAAAUACCAUGGAUAUUUCUGUUGCAGAUGAAGGAAAUCAAGGAAAGGAAGUUGCUUGUGAAAAGGACCCUGGACUGAUUCCUGAAAGGAAGAAUGAUAGCUCAAAUUUCUGAUUUAGGAUGCAGAAGGUGGAAGCCUGGAUAACAAUACUUGAUAGUACUGUAUAUGCUAAGAAAUCAAACUGCAACGGAAAGAUCUUUACUUAGAGAUCUCUUCAGAAGCCAUCUGGAUGUCAUAGUCACUUUGUGUGGCAAGUAACUGGUGCCUCCAGUUCUUUCUGUAAUGCUACAAAAUAAGAUGUGUUCUGGUAACCUGAGCCACUUAGAGAGCCUUAAACGGCUAUUUUCUGUACAAAUAAACAACAUUUCCAUAAUAUGUACUUCAGAUUUUAUUGUAAAAGGUGCAUUUUGUUCAUUUAGUAAAUUUAAACUAUUUAUUUCUAUCUCUUGUAGAUUUUUAGAUGGUUUAUUGUGUCCUCCACAAUAAAUAUAUCAAAUCCCAGACCCAGUUGAUCUUUUAAGCUGUGAACAUGGGAAUUAUAGGAUAUAAUAUACCAGACAUUUCACCAGUAUGAACCUCAUUAAAUAAUUGAGCUUAAUGCUGGCAAUAGUGCUCUUGUAUUGCUCUAGUUCAAUUCACCAUAUUCUGCUUUACACAAUAAUAGAGCAAAAGCUUAUCAGAUUUACAAAUAAUACAAAUUUGGCGAGAAAGCUAAUGCCCUAGAAGUCAGAAAUAAAAUUCAAGGUAAACUCGUCAGGGUAGAGAAAUGGACUGGAAAUAAUAGAAUUUAUUGAGACAAAAGCAAAAUUCUUAUUUAGAGAAAAAGUAAUCAAGUGCAGAGAUUCAGGUGCACAACACUUGUCUGGGUAAUAUUACAUAAGAAAACCUUAGAUUACUAUCUGAAUACAAAUAGUAUGAGCCAGCAGUCCGAUAUAGCUGCAAAAAAAGCAAUUGUUUUAGAUUAUAUCAACAGAAUCAAAAUUUUUCAUUGAAGAGAGUGCUACCUACCUGCUUCCAAAUACUUUUUUGUAAAGUUAGGAAAGUUGUAGGAAAACAGCCAAGUUCGACUGUGGUAGCAAAAAAUCAGGAGUCUGGUAGUAUCUUUUCCAACUUACAAUUUUUAUUAUGCACUCUAUGCAUUUAAUAAAAUGAGCCAUAGCUUAUAAAAGCUUAAGCCUUGUUAGAAAAAAUGCUGUACUGUAUAUUAUUAUGUCACUGAGAGCAAUACGAAAAAUUUAGGCCUCUUCUGGCUUAAUAGAAGUUUUUUUUUUUGCUUCUUGUUUUACUAAAAGCAAUGAAACAUCUAUAUAUUUUCUAGUGAAAGUUGAAACAAAGACCCACACUCUCCUUUUCAUUUAUUUUUUUUUAAGUUUAAUUAUUUUAUUUGUAGAAUCAAAGCUGAUUUUGGUUUGAAUGUUUUUUUUUCUGAUAUGGCAGAUAAAAAUGAAAUAUACCUUUAAGUGAAAAUGGACUUUAUUUCAUUAAAUGAAGAGUUAUGUUCUGCUCUUUCCUCCAAAUAAUUCUGAAGAUAUAUUGUGUUACAAAGAAAGAACAUGGAUCACAACAUUAAAACCAUUUAUAAGCUGUAUAAUGUUUUAUUGGUACUACAAAAAUAUUAAAACAAUUGUUUUAUAUAAUCUUGAAUAUAGACGAUAUGCCCACUGACAUUAAGAACAUUUUACUUAACAUUCAUAUAAACCAGUAUUUACUGGCUUGCCGCUUUCUGAAAUAAGUAGUAUGCAUAAGUAAGUCUAUACCUCGCACACAUAUGACACUAAUGUAAAAACUAUUCCUCAGAGACAAACUUUUGAUGUUUAAAAUUUCAUUAUUAGUAGUUACCAAUAACAUGGUAUCACAAACAUGUAUGAGUUCUUCAGCAUUGAUUACAAACUUAAAAAAAUUACUAAAUCAAAUCAAAUCACAAUCAUUUCUAUAGACAAAAUAAGUACUAACAAUGUCAGUUUGUGUCUGGAGACAAGUUCUAACAAAUUACAAAAAACACUACAUAACUAAUGAAAGAUACAGAGCAAAUUAUGAGAAAUACAAGAAGGACUUGGAUUUUAUAUUUUAACCAUCCGAUCAGUCUUGUUGAGUUAUAUAAAAAUAUUACAAAUUAAAUGUUUUAAGUUCUGGCAGCAAUGUUAGACUUCUACUUUUAUUUUUAUUUUUCAAAACUUGGCUUAAUUUUUCCAAGCAACCUCUAUUAUUCACUUAUUCAGCACACUUUCAUAAUGUCCUAAGCAUAAGUCCUCAGAUCUAGAAAUGUGAAACCCAGAAAGUAAGUAAAGUCAUGUUUUGUUGAUUGAGGAGGAAAAAUUAAGCAAAUUAAUCUUAAGUGGCUAGAUUUGUCUCUCUGAACUGAAAUAUGCUAAAUGUGCAGCUGCUCCUGAAAUAGCAGUUGAGUGUUUACUGCCACUCUCUCUUUAUUAUCAAGAAUUACUAUGCUUUGAUGUUGCAAUGGUUACUCACUUGCAACAUUCAUGUUGUUGCUACUUACAAGGAAUAGAGAAACAAGUAACAGUGUGAUUUGCACAUAAGACUUACGAGAUCUAAGCCCUUAGAAGUUGUAUUUUGGGUUUUCUACAAUAAAAAAUGUAAAUCAAUCUAAGAGACAAAUUUUAUAAUAUACCAGCUUCAACCUUAAAUGUGCAAGAUUUUGACACUGUAAUAUAAAAACAUGGAUCUAAGUUCCUGAGUAGAUAAAUGGGGACUUCAAAGAUAGCUUAUUUUUUAAAAAAAUAAUUAAACAUGCAAAAUAAAAAAGUUACAAUUACUAAAGGCAUCUAUCAUAUUUAUUUGGGAAUGAGAAUUCUUGGCUUUAUAUUGCUAUGAUUUAGACUUGCAUUUGGUACUGUAUUUUCCUGUUCAAACUACGUAUUUGGUUACAGCUUUCCUUAGAUUCCAGUCAAAGUGAAGCACUUACACUUAAACCAUUUUGUUUUUUCAAUUUCCUUAGGGAACAAAUUCCAGCAAAAUAGCCAGUUUGGUACUAGCUAUUUAGUCUACUUUUUUGGAUGUUAUUCCAGUUAAAACAAGGUAACCAUCAGAUAAUGUUACCUUUCUGAUAAUCUCAACAAUCAAAACAAAACAAAACAAAGUGUCAGUAUGCUUUAGUUAAAUCACAUAAUUCCCAAUUAAACUAAACAGUAUAGUACAGAUAAGAAACAAGGCAAAUGGCUCAGUAAAUAGGUGGGAAUAAAACUUUAAAUCUGCAUUUCUAUAAAAUCCUUAUAUGAAUAGAAAUUCUAUAACAUUCUAUUUUUAAAAAUACUGUUUUUCCCAUGGCAUAUCUCCAGCAUAAGACAUUUUAAGCAAGGCUGGUUUUUGAAGAGCAAAUGUUGAAUCAGCAUUACAAGAAUUUCUCUCAUACAACUUUCUCUGGAUCAAAUAUUCUAUUUUGUUGAUAUCACUGAAAUGAAUGAAAUGGGGAAAAACAUGAACUACUAUUUAAUAUAAGUAAAAUAAAGUACAGAAAUAAAAUCAGUCUAUAAUCAAAUGAUAAGGUAACUUGUUUGUUUUUCUAAAUAUAAUUUUCUAAAAAAAAA